AAAGAUACCUUGGAAAACAAAAAAAAAUGUAAAAAAAAAUAAAAAAUUAAGAGAUAGUUCUCCAACAUUCGGGAAGUUUCUGCGACCGCUCAGUUUUGCCACCUUCUCUCCUUUUCCGUUAUCCACGUUUCUACAUUGCUGCCAUGUUUAGUCUCCUUUAUAACCCCCCCACCAUACCCAAAUCCACAAUUACAAAACAUUGCCAAAAUCCAAUACAAAGAAGAACCAUUCACUGUUUUAGAAGCAAUGGCAUAUUCGACUGCUUUAAGAAGAGUCCCUGUAUCGACUCUGUUUUCGAAGCUGGCCAAUCUUUCACCAGCACGUACCGUUUCAGUGGCUACUCCCACCGUGGCUCGCUCCUUCAAUACCAAUGCCCAGCUCACCAACUUCAACGACGAGGAUCGCUCCGUCAACGUUCAGCGCCAAUCUGAUCGCUCUGUCUCUCGCCGUCGUGAUUCUCCCCGUUUCUUCUCUGAUGUAUUUGAUCCAUUUUCACCAACAAGAAGCCUGAGCCAAGUCCUGAACCUAAUGGAUCAAUUCACGGACCACCCAUUGCUGUCAACUCCGAGCUUGUCGUCAAGGAAAGGGUGGGACAUGAGGGAGGACAACAAUGCUCUUUAUAUCCGGAUUGAAAUGCCGGGGCUUAGCAAGGAGGAUGUUAAGAUCUCGGUGGAACAGAACACACUCAUUAUCCGAGGAGAAGGGGGUAAAGAUUGGGAGGACGAAGAAGAAGAAGAAGAGGGGGGAAGGAUACGGUACUCGAGCAGGCUUGACCUACCCCCCACCAUGUAUAAGGUGGAUGAGAUAAAGGCUGAGAUGAAAAAUGGAGUGUUGAAAGUGGUUGUGCCUAAAGUGAAGGAGGAGGAGAGGAAGGAUGUGUAUCAAGUCACCGUUGAGUAGUGUACAAGUUUAUUGUUAGUGAAGGUAAAUGGAUGUGAAUAAGGACUAGGGUUUUUGCUGCUUUAGGGUGAUGGAGAGUUAAUGUUAGCUCAUAUUGUAAUGUAAUCUUCGAGUCUUUAAGAUGCGAGUUUAAUAAACAAACUAGGGUUAUGUUUUGUAUGAUAAAA